AUGGCUGCGGCGUCAAAAUGCGAACGCUUUAACGGAUUGCUCGUGUCGCAUGACAUCAACGAGAUCUACGAGUGGAACAGACGCGUUUGCCAGGGGCAAAUUCGCCGCCGUUCGCCGUGCCAUUCACAAGAACACGGGCUCCCAUUUCGCGGCAAGUUCUUGAAGCGACGCCGACGCGCACAGAGCAGCGACAAGGAGAUCAAACACGAGAUCGCCGUCCUAAUACUCUGCGAGGGCGAGGAGAACAUUGUCAAUCUGAAUGCGGUGCACGAGACCCGUUCGGACACAGCCCUGCUGCUGGAACUGGCCACUGGUGGCGAGCUGCAGACCAUACUGGACAACGAGGAGUGCCUGACAGAGCCAGGCCGCCACUGCAUGCGAGAGCCACAGAACAUUUUGCUCGCCGGCGAGCGUAUAGAAGAUGGCCUCAAGCUCUGUGACUUUGGGAUCUCGCGCGUUGUGUGCGAGGGCAUCAAUGUCCGCGAGAUGCCGGCACACCCGACUACGUGGCCCCGAGGUGCUCCAGUACAGCCGCUCUCCCUGCUGACGGACAUCUGGUCCGUGGGCGUUCUCACCUAUGUCUUGCUCUCCGGCUUCUCGCCCUUUGGCGGGGACACCAAGCAGGAGACCUUCCUCAAUAUCUCGCAGUGUGCGCUCACCUUUCCGGACAACCUAUUCGGUGGCGUCUCGCCAGUGGCCAUCGAUUUCAUACGCCGCGCAUUGCGAAUUAAGCCAAACGAUCGCAUGAGUGCCGCUGGAUGCUGGAACAUGUCUGGCUGA